GGGAACAAAUUCUGGAGGUUUAGUAGCACCUAGCGGGCCAUCUAGCAGGCCGUGUUCUUCUCAUUCAUCACGAAGGGAAAGACCUCAUUCUUCUUAUACAUCAGAAGUUGACCGCCGAUUUUCCCAGGCAUCGUUCGACAAGAGUCGCCGUUCCUCUAGAAGUGAACCUGAUCUUUCUCAUGAACUGAUUAAUGACAGGUGACGAUCUACCACGGGAAUCAGACCUGAAAGUAAUUCUCGACGACAAACUCGCCAUGAGUCUACAAAUGCGUAUAACCAAAAAUCGAUUACGUACAAUCACAACACAAGUGAAGCUUCACAUGUCUCCAGAAGCUCUGAGCAGCCUGGGGCCACUGCUGGUUUUGCAACAUAUGAUGAAUGGUGCACUCGCUCCAGAUAAAUAUUUGAGCUUAUGUCUUGUAGCUGGCUUGCGGGAAAACAUCAGAGGAUUGAUAGUUGAAGGAUUUAUUGGAGGAAAUCUGUAAAGACCGCGGCAAUGAUGCCAAACAAGAUGAUAUGGAAUACUAGAUUUACAAUUCACAAGCUCUUAAAGAUGAAGAAGAGAUCUAGCCCAGAUUCAAAGGAAAAUAAAAAUACCGUAGAAUACAAAUA